AUGACCGGCAGAGAAUGCAAAAAGGGCUACAAGUUUCGUGCCCCGAAGCACGCCGUCUUCCGUGAAAGCCACAAGUGGCCCGCGCCGCCAAAGAAGCUCAAGUUCAUCGACGAGACAAGGGGCGUCGAGCUUGCCGACGACGUCGACAGCAACGACUCCCUGCAUGACUCUGCCGAGGCCGAGGCAGAGGCAGAGGCAGAGGACGCAUCCACGUCGCCCGGCACCACGACCGUCGUCGAUUCCACAGCUUCGGAUGAUCGUCCUUCGCUGCAAGCGGCCAAGGCGGCGAGCUGGCCACUUGUCGAUGAAAGUCACCGGGAGGGCCACCGUGAGACUCACCGAGGGAGCCAUCGCGGGAGCCAUCAUGGCGGCGGCGAUGCCGUCAUCGACGAGCCAGUUGACCCGCUGCCGACGCCAUCGCAGACGUCCCUGGGCACGUUUGGUGCCGACCAUCUCGGCCAUCGCGCUGAACAGCGAGAGCACUCCGACUCCGUCGUCACUCUGCCGCCCAUGCAGUCCGUACUGCCGCCCUUCGAAGGCAUAUAUACCGAUCGUCCGGUGUGGCCUCUCAACGGGCGACAAGAAGCCACUCUGUUCCGGCACUAUGUGGACAAGCUCGGGUUCUGGCUCGAUCUGUGCGACCCCGCGAGGCACUUCGAGACCGAGGUGCCGCAACGUGCCGGGUCGUGCCCGAUCCUCCUCAACGCCAUCUUCGCGCUCGCAGCGAGGCAUCUCAGCCUGACGAGCGCCUACGACUCGUUGGCCUCGAACCGCUACCACGAGCAGUGCCUCAACUACCUGAUCCCGCUACUCGACCACGCCGCGACCGUGUCGGACGAGAACCUGUUCGCGGCGACAAUCAUCCUCCGUGUCCUCGAGGAGAUCGACGUCAACACCCUCGGCCAGGACACCCACGGCCACCUCCUCGGCAUCCACGCCUUCGUCAACGCCGGAGACCGCUUCCUAAUGCCCGGCACCCUGACGGCCGCCUGUUUCUGGGCGGGCCUACGCCAGGAGAUAUAUAGCGCCGUCAUCAACCAGCAGGUUGUCCGGAUGAAUCUCGGUCACGCCAUUGUCGACCGAUCCACGACCCCGGGCGAUGACUUUGUCUGGUCGAACCGUGCCAUUGUCCACUGCGCCGACGUCCUCAACUUCUGCUUCGGGUCCGAGGCGGGGUCGGUCUUACAAUGGGGCCAGCUUGAAAUGGCGAACAGGGAGUGGAAGAACGCGCUGCCACCGUCGUACACGCCCAUCUUCUUCCGCGAGAGGUCCGAAGAGGAGGCUUUCCCCGAAGUAUGGUACCAGAAGGCCUGCCACAUCAUUGCUGUCCAGCAUCACAUUCUCGCCGAAAUGUACCUCGCGCUGUUCAACCCGAGCAUACCGCGGGUUGGCGGCGGUCGCAAGGCUGCCGAGAAGCGGCUGACAGAGCAGAUCCAGGAGCUGCUACGGAGCCUCUGCGGCAUCGGCAUGUGCAAUCAGUGGUCUCCGCCGGCUAUGUUCACGGCGUGUAUGGGAAUCGCCAUUGCUGGCGACAGAUUUGACAAUAGACACGACCAAGAAGCUUUGCUCAAGAUGCUCAGCAUCACUGAAAAGGCCCACGCGCGGCCCACGACGGCGGUGCGGGAUCAGCUGAUAAGCGCAUGGGGGUGGAUGGACAAGGACGUCAUGAGCGAGACCUGA